AUGGUCAAUGGAAAUGUAAUUCUACAGAAGACAACCGAGCCAGAAGUGGAAAAUGUAGCAAGGGAUAAAUGGUCAAAAGGAUGUGACUUUAUAUUGUCAUUGAUCGGUUAUGGAGUAGGCUUAGGCAACAUUUGGAGAUUUCCAUAUCUGUGCGCUAAAAAUGGAGGAGCUGUAUUUCUUAUUCCGUAUCUCAUCUUUAUGAUCCUGUGUGCCUUUCCAUUAUGCUACCUUGAAGUAUCAUUGGGACAAUUUUCUGGUAAAAGUACUUACAAUGUAUGGGAUAUUUGUCCUAUAUUAAGAGGUGUCGGGGUUGGUAUGACUUUAACAAAUGCCCUCUUUUGUUCGUAUGCUAAUCUGAUAUUAUCGUGGAUUUUGUAUUACCUGGUCUACUCAUUCAUGUCGCCUUUACCGUGGUCUAAUUGUGAUAAUUGGUGGAAUACGAAGGACUGCUACAUUUACACAACAAUUGAGGACCCGAGUAACACUUCCAUUAACUCGGAAUUAAUGAUGAACGCAACUGAUUUACUUACAAACAUUGCACAUACACUUCCUUCUGAAGAAUUCUGGCAGUACAAUGUUCUUAGAAUUUCAUCCGGAAUUAAUGACUUUGGGAGUGUUCAGUGGCAUGUUGUGUUUGGUUCUGCUGUUGGUUGGUUCAUUACAUUUCUCUGUAUGGUGAAAGGCGUUAAAUCUUUAGGAAAGGUUGUCUAUGUAACUGCCACAGCACCAUAUAUUUUGAUAACAAUUAUACUGAUACGAGCCAUUACAUUGCCAGGAGCUUUAGAUGGUGUAGAAUUCUAUAUUAUACCAGAUUGGAGUAAACUGUUAGAUAUUCAGGUAUGGGUCCAAGCAUUGAUGCAGAUAUUUUUUUCUCUUGGUAUGGGAUGGGGUGGAUUUAUUGCUAUGGCCAGUUACAACAAAUUCAACAACAAUGUAUUAAGAGAUACCAUUAUUUGUUGCGUUGUUUGUGAAGGUACGAGCUUUUAUGCCGGUUUUGUAGUGUUUGCUGGAUUAGGUCAUAUGGCCUACUCAACAGGCUUGACUGUUGAAGAUAUAAUUAGAACAGGUCCUGGAUUAGCAUUUAUAACAUAUCCUGAUGCCUUAAGUCAGCUACCCGUUCCUCAGAUCUGGGCUGUCUUAUUCUUUAUCAUGUUGGUGUUUGUUGCUCUGGAUACGAUAUUUAUUGCCAUAGAAGUUUGUACAACGACAUUAAUGGAUGUUUGUACAUUUAUCAACAGUAAAAGGAUUGUCCUGUUAACUGGAAUAUCCUGUCUCAUUAUGUUCUUGGUGACAUUAAUAUAUACAACUAAUGCUGGUGUCUAUGUCUUCCAAAUCGUUGAUUGGUACUGUGGUGCUAUUGCUCUUUUUAUAUACACUCUCUUAGAAUGCAUUAUAGUAGGGUGGAUAUAUGGAGCAGACAGAUAUUAUAAAGAUUUAGAAAUGAUGUUUGGUAAAAAACCGUCAAUUGUUAUGAAAAUACUCUGGUGUUAUAUAACUCCUGGAUUGAUGCUGGUUGUUUUGGCAUUAACGUUUUAUAAUUUCAAAACUCCUUCAUAUGGAGAUUACGUGUAUCCACCAGGGGCAGAAGUAUUUGGAUGGUUAGUGGCAACUCUACCAAUACUUAGCAUCCCAACAUGGAUGUUGGUAGAUGUUUUGAAAAGAAGGGGGCCAAUUCUACAGAGAAUAAUGGAUGGAUUUAAACCAAAUGAUAAAUGGGGACCGGCUAGAGAUGCUGAUAUGGUAUAUAAUACGAACUCACGUGAAAAUAUGGAGAUGUUCAACUAA